AUGGCUCCCACGUCCGUCCCGACCCAGAACGAUGUCCUCGUUCCCGAGACCCUCCUGAAGAAGCGCAAGUCGCAAGAGAAGGCGCGCGCCGAGCGCACUGCCGAGCAGGACAAGCAGAAGAAGGCCAACAAGGAGAAGCGAGGCGUUAUCUUCAAGCGUGCUGAGAAGUACGUCAAGGAGUACCGCGAUGCUGAGCGCGAGAAGAUCCGCCUGAACCGGGUUGCCAAGCAGGAUGGUUCCUUCUACGUCCCCGCUGAGGCCAAGCUGAUCUUCGUCAUCCGUAUCAAGGGUAUCAACAAGAUCGCCCCCAAGCCGCGCAAGAUCCUUCAGCUUCUCCGUCUCCUCCAAAUCAACAACGGCGUCUUCAUUCGCAUCACCAAGGCCACCGCCGAGAUGAUCAAGGUUGUUGAGCCGUGGGUUGCCUACGGCUACCCCAACCUCAAGAGCGUCAAGGAGCUCAUUUACAAGCGCGGAUACGGCAAGGUCAACGGCCAGCGCAUCCCCCUCACCGACAACGCAAUCAUUGAGGAGAACCUCGGCAAGUACGGCAUCAUCUGCAUGGAGGACCUGAUCCACGAGAUCAUGACCGUCGGCCCCAACUUCAAGCAGGCCUCCAACUUCUUGUGGCCCUUCAAGCUGAGCAACCCUAACGGCGGCUUCCGCACCCGCAAGUUCAAGCACUUCAUUGAGGGCGGUGACCUUGGCAACCGGGAGGAGCACAUCAACGCCCUCAUCCGGCAAAUGAACUAA